AUGCCAUCCAAAAGACGGAAUCAGAAGUCAACGGCCUGCGAAGGCUGCAAGGCCAGGAAAAUCAAGUGUUCCGGCGGUCCACCCUGCGAGAGCUGUGUCCGGUAUGGCGUCGAGUGCGUCGUUGACGAGUCACAAGAUGGUCGCCGCCGAAUAGCACACAAACGAACAAUCGACGAUCUGGAAAAGGAUCGACACCUUCUCCUCGACCUCGUUGCGAGUAUGCGCGAUGGCAAGAACACAUAUGUCGAGCAACUUCUGAGUCUAAUCAGGGGCCAUGCCUCGCUCGCCGAAAUUAGAGCCUUCAUAGACGCACAAGUUCGAGAGGCGCAUAUCGAGAAAACUCCGGAGCUCGAGAGACUUCGGCAAGAGAUCCAAGAAUCGAGAAACGUCCGGGCUCGGGAGAUGAGGAGCAUAAUGGAUGUUGAAAGAUUGUCGGAUAUUCCGAUUUACAAAGUGCCUGCCAAACCAUGGGUCACGGUGACUGAUGAUGAUGAGUUGGUUUCCCACUUGAUUUCUUUAUGGUUUACAUGGAACAACCCAUUUUAUAACUUUGUGCACCGCGAAAAUUUCAUCAGGGAUAUGCAAGCUGGCCAGCUGGACUGCAAAUACUGCUCCCCGCUGUUAGUAAACGCCAUUCUUGCUGAAGCAAGUGCUCUAAGUGAUUAUGUCGAAGUUUAUGGUACUCCAAAUGAUGUAGCGACUCGUGGCGAAAAGUUUCUUGCGGCAGCAAGAUCACAGAUAGCCACAAUGGAUGACUACUCAGCGCUUACUACGAUCCAGGGCGUGGCUAUACUGAGCGUGGCAAUGGCCGUGGUGGGAAAGGAUCGCACGGGUUCGAUGUUUCUUGGAAUGACCAGACGUGCCGCUCAAGAGUAUGAAAACCUUGUGGCCAAAGUCAACACGGAAGAAGAAGGCGACGAUUCGAUCAGUUAUGCUCUCUGGGGUUUCUUCAAUAUGAUCACAACCUACUCCACCUCUCUCAUGCGAUAUGAAUACAUAGCGACGCCUCGGUAUCCGCGGCCAAAGCCUAGUCACAAUACUGUGUGGGAUGUCUGGUCUCCCUACCCGCGACAAGGAGAAGUGGUGCCGGGUCAUAUAUCUUGCGUCUCACAUGGAUGGUCUGAUCUAAUGAUCAUUCUUCGCGGAUUCGGCGAAUGGAUUGCGGCCAAAGAAGUACAACCAGAUUCAGAAUUGGUUUCCAACGGCAAGACCUUUUAUAAGAACUUACAGAAAUGGGAGGCGGAUUUACCGGAUUGUAUGAAAGCCGAGUCUGCCUCUGUGCCUCAAAUACUUCUUUUACAUAUGCACUAUCAGACCAUCAUUAUGCAGUUCUUCGGCGUUGUCAGGUCACACGGAAUUGAGUUUGAUCAGAUAGACAUUCAAGACGUGCGCAUCAAAGCAGCGCAUAAAGUCCUUGAUUUGGUCAACGUGCAUCGCCGGAAAUGGGGCAUUCAGCGCAUGUCCCCUACCUUGAUACAUUGGCUUGGCGUCAGUCUCUUCACAUUACUCGAAGCACUCGACGAAGACACGAACAGAAAAGCCUUUACAGAACUAUGCGUCGUCACACGCGCCUGUUCUCGGCGCUAUAUGCUGAGUAAAGGUAUCCUACGUAUGAUACAGAUCAAUGCCGCAAAUAUGAAUAUAUCUCUGCCAGAAGAAGCACGUGCACUUUUUAUUGAUUUCAACGAGAAGGAUUGGGAGGAGAAACAUCGGGCUCAAUUCAGUAGCCUUUAUCCUAAUUUCUCGUCCACUUUUCAGGAUCGAGAAGGAGAGAAUCUGGAAAUGGAUAAGUUUUUGGACAAGUGGGACAAGAUCAACUUGAAUAAUGAAACGCAACUAGAUGUCAGUCAAAAAUAA